AUGAAAGAUGAUGGUUUUGACACCCUUUCGCUGAGUCCGACACUCCAGGACCAUGAAACCAACGGCGACGGCCGUGUCGACAUCGACAUCGACCCGCGGGCCUCCAAGCAGCUGGACAAGAUCCUCACGUCACAGACCCCUCACGACUCAGCGAAUGCCAGGCCUUUGCGACCCUUGAGCCCAACGUCCACUCCGCCCCCCAAUCUCAAUAUUCUCAUCCAGGUCAUCGGCAGCCGCGGCGACAUCCAGCCCUUUGCAGCCUUCGGCCACGAGCUCCAGAAGCAUGGCCAUCGUGUCCGCCUUGCCACGCACGACACAUUCCGCACGUUUGUACAGUCUGCCGGUCUCGAGUUCUUCCCUGUCGGCGGUGACCCCUCGGAACUGAUGGCCUACAUGGUCAAGAACCCAGGCCUGAUACCGAGCAUGGGCAGCAUACGCGCGGGGGACAUUCAGUCGAAGCGAAAAAUGGUAGCCGAGAUGCUCGACGGGUUUUGGCGGAGCUGCAUUGAUGCUGAUCCGGAAACGGGGGCGCCAUUCGUGGCAGACGCCAUUGUGGCCAACCCACCAGGGUUUGCGCAUGUCCAUUGCGCGCAGGCGUUGGGUGUGCCAUUGCACGUCAUGUUCACGAUGCCGUGGACGAGCACGAGGGCGUUCCCGCACCCGCUAGCCAACCUGAAGGGCAAAGACGAGGGGCCAUCCGCUGGAAAGUACUUGUCGUAUGGCAUUGUCGAGUUUAUGACUUGGAAAGGACUCGGCGACAUCGUCAACAGAUGGCGCGAGGAUACACUGUGCCUGGAGCCGAUCGCAACGAGUGAAGGCUGCAGACUUCUCGAAAGCCUCGCCAUCCCCUUUGCCUACUUCUUCUCACCGGCGCUGGUGCCGAGACCAGUCGACUGGGGCUCCAACAUUGACAUCUGCGGCUUUGUCUUCCGCGACGCCCCGAAAUAUGACCCCCCAGCCGCGCUGCGCAAGUUCCUUGAUGCUGGGUCUCGACCCGUAUAUAUUGGCUUUGGCAGCAUUGUUGUCGACGACGCCGAUCGCAUCGCCACAAUCAUCCACGAGGCAGUCCGCCUUCUCGGCAUACGCGCCAUCAUAUCCAGCGGCUGGACAAACCUCGCCAGCGAGACGGAUGCGGAGCCAAGUCCCGAUAUCUUCCACAUUGGCGAAUGCCCGCACGAGUGGCUCUUUCAACAGGUCGCAGCUGUUGUACACCAUGGUGGCGCGGGCACCACGGCCUGCGGGUUGGGCUACGGCAAGCCGACAAUCGUCGUGCCCUUUUUCGGCGACCAACCAUUCUGGGGCCACAUGAUCGCCGAAGCAGGCGCCGGACCACCGCCCAUCCCCUACGCGGCGCUCACCUCCCGCAAGCUCGCCGACGGUCUCUCGUACGCGCUGAGCCCACAGGCUCUAGCGGCGGCACUUGAGAUUGCAAACACCAUGUCCGUCGAGCAGGGCGCGCGCGUCGCUGUCGAGGCGUUUCACAAGCAUCUUCCGCGCGCGGGACUGCGGUGCGAGCUGUUUCCGCAGGAGACGGCGGCGUGGUCGUACAAGGGGGAGCACCGCGCCGUGCAUCUGUCGAAGAGGGCUGUGGCAAUUCUCACGGCCCGGGGCGUGCUUGAAGAGAAGAAGCUGAAGCUACACGAGACCAAGCCGUUCACAAUCGACAUCCAGCGCUGGGACCCCAUCACCGCCAUCUCGGCUGCCUCGGUUUCGACCCUCGCAGACAUGGGCCAGGCCACGGCCCGUCUCGUCUACGAGCCCAUCUCGGAAGCCCGUCAGUCAAGCACAAGUCGGCAGCACUCGCCUGCCCGUGGCUCGGGCGCCUCAUCUCCGGCGGUCGAAAAGGCGUCGCCUUCUGUGGCAGUGGCAACCUCAGCACGUGCCGGCAGGAUUGUCACGAGCGUCGCAAAGGGCGUUCUGGUGAGCAUACCGCUCGCCGCGACGGAGGGGCUGCGCGCCGUGCCGCGCCUCUACGGGGAGGACGUCAAGAGGCACGCCGACGUGCGUGACUUUAAGAGCGGGGCCGCUGUUGCGGGCCAGGAGUUUCGGAACGGGAUAGCCGGCGCGGCGAUGGACAUUGUGACGUAUACCUAUCGGGGGAAGAGGGACGAAGGCCCGAUGGGGGUCGCGAAGGGGUUGGCAAAGGGCGUUGUGAGCUUGGCCACCAAGACGGGGGCCGCUGUCGGCGGAUUGGUCGCAUAUCCAGUGCAAGGGGCAUAUCGUGGAAUCAGGGCGGCAGUGAGGUCGACAGCGAGAGGAAGCAUCGAGAGCGCAAAGAGGGAGGAAGGGGUUUGGCUCAUACGGCAAGGCGGCGAGUCCUCCAAGGUUGACUCAGUGGUUGUUGCAGAUUUCGAGUCACUCAAGCGGUCACGAGACCAAUAG